GUAAAAAUCAAAACACAGCCUAGGGCUCAAAACCUCUCUAUUUCUAACUACUACGGCAGCUCUGUGGCGAUUUCCACCUCCGGCGUGCUUAGCACAGUAGCACACUCCGGCCAACACAAACUUCUCGAAGGCUUGUGACUCGUAACUUCAAAGGGUUUCUAAAUGGAGGAUACCCAAGAAGUGGAGGACAAGAACUCUGAAGAUGUUAGAGGAGGAAUGCCACAGGAGAAACAAGAAACUCGUGACGAGAUGCUGUCUAGGCACAGGAACGAGAUUUCCCAGCUGCAGAACAAGGAAGUUGCAAUGAAAAAGGCAGCAGCUAAAGGGAGCAAGGCUGAACAGAAAGCCAAGAAGAAGCAGGUCGAAGAAGAGGUCUCUAAACUUUCUGCAAAACUCAAAGAAAAACAUGCGGAGGAACUUGCUUCCUUGGGUUAUAGCAGCAGCAAUGGAAAGGAGAAAGGCAACCUUGACAGUUUGGUGAAGGCCAUUGCGGGGGUUUCUGUUUCCAGUCAGGCUGACCAUUCAAAGCCCAGUAAGAGUGUGAAGAGGCGUGAGAGAAGAGCUCAAGAAGAAGCAGCGAGAGAGCAAAGAAUACAGGAAGAACAGACCAACAUCGUCAGUGAUCGAAUGAUUGAAAAUGAAAAAUUGGAAAAGAAAUUUGAACCUCUUGGAUUGACUAUCAACGAGAUAAAGCCAGAUGGGCACUGCCUCUAUCGUGCUGUUGAGGAUCAGCUGGGCCUCCUAUCUGGAGGUUCCUCUCCUUACACUUUCCAAGAAUUACGAGAAAUGGUGGCUGCUCAUAUGAGGAAACAUGCAUCCGAUUUUAUACCUUUUUUCUUGUCAGAGAAUGCAACAGACGGAGAUUCUGAGCAUUCUGUUGCCGAGAGGUUUGAGAAUUACUGUAGAGAAGUGGAGUCAACUGCAGCGUGGGGAGGGCAACUGGAGCUCGGUGCUUUAACUCACUGCCUGAAGAAGCAUAUCAUGAUAUUUUCAGGAUCCUUCCCGGACGUGGAGAUGGGCAAGGAGUACAAAUCUGACAAUGGGACGGGUUCAUCGAAUCCGAGUAUCAUGUUAUCAUACCACAGGCAUGCAUUUGGUCUUGGUGAGCAUUAUAAUUCUGUGGUUCCCUGUUUAAUCGAAGAAUAGGUAUCAACAUAUCAUCUGUGAAAAAGAGCCUUUUUUUUUUUUUUGGCACAUCUACUGCUGCUUAUGUAAGGUCAGUGUUGAAACCUUUUCUUUUGGUAAACAACAGUAACCUAUGUUUACUCCUACUUGAAAUUUUACUUUAUCUCCCAGUGAGUGUGGUUUAGACUUGCUAUUA